CCUUGUUCCCUGCACUGUGCUUCCACAUGCUGCAGAGAGACAGUUGCAGCUAGCCAGCACUGUGUGGCCCCCCUGAAGGACUGAGGGUCAGUUCACAAGGAAGGAGAGGAAUCAGUAAUCAGGAAGGAAGAAAAAUUAAAAUAAUGCACUGGAAAAUAGAGCAGGAUGUUUUUUGCAUUUUUUUUGCCUAUGCUGGCAUUUUGUCAAAGGGGCUAUUACUGGGAAACUGCAGCAGGAAGCUGAGAUGUUGGUGGGGAAAAAAGCUGUAUAUUUCCUAUUUGUCAGUAAACAAAGUCUUAUGAGCUAUCUCACAGCAACAAGAGAGAAACUUGAGGUGAAAUCUGAGCUUUUGGUGCGUUUUCCCAUCAGAUCAACUCAUAUCUCCUCAGCAGCAAAUCCAGCUUUGUCAUCAGCCAGACGGGCUUGCAAUGUGCUGAGUUUUCCUGUUUUCCACUGUAACUGGGCCACAACGCACUCAGCGCUGCCCUGCACAAUGGCAUCUCACCAGCCUCUGCUGGAGGCACAACCAGAAGAAAUAGUGAUACCUGCUACAGAGAAAAAUUGCCUUCCCCAGCUGCUGGGCAGGAGGAGCUGUAAUUACAGCAGCUUGGCCAUUGUUUCACUGUUUUUCCCCACAUUGACUGAAUUUUUCCUCAGAAUGAGUGGUGAGCCCAAGUACUGCGGUAAGGAAUGGGGCUGGGUGCCUGCCUCAGUGCUAGCAGCCCAGCUGUGGAUUGUCACAAGCUCUUGGAAAAUAACACGUGUGAGGAGGCUACCCAUCAUGCUGCUGCUGGCCUCUCCAGGUCAAAUUUCACACCUGAUCCUGUCCAGUGACUGCAAAUCCAGAGAAUUAAAAUCCCUAUUAGCCACACAGACAGCAGUGAAAUCCUGGGGCUUCAUUGCGAUUUGAAGGCUGCAUCAGGGCUGCAGUCAUCAGCACCUUUGUUCUGAGCCCAGCCACAACACUCCCAUGCUACCAACUCCACGGCCUGGAUGCUCCACACUAGACGUGCUUUGAGACCUGCAGUUCUGCCCAGAACAGCGUCUUUUGCAGGUACCAUCACUCACAUAUUUUUCAGAAACCCUGAGAGGAUGCACAGCUCCAACAAAACCAUUGUGGGCUGAGAAGAUAGCACUGGGCUCUCCUCAGGACUGCUUCUGCCAGACAUAGAUGAUCCUAGGUCAUUCUGGAAGGUUCUAGAAGUUUCUGGGCAUGUCCAGAAAUGGUUGGUUCCAGAGGGUUCCAGGCUGUUCCAGAGGAGUUCUGGCCAAGGUUCCAGAGCAUUCCAGAGGUUUUCAACCAGUUCGGGAGGAUUGCAGGCAGUUCCAGAAGGUUCUUGGUGGUCCCACAGCACCUGUGAUGCCUAAGAUAAUGACGUGGAGGAAGAAGGUGCUUUUUAUCUUUUUUUCCUCACUAUCGAAGUUUCUUUUAAUUGGUAUGAAAUUUAACUACUUUUUCGAGGUUAUUAGAUAACGAUUUCCCGUCUUUAACUUGACUCGUCAGCUUUUCCAACUGUUUUUGUGCUAAUUUAGUGUACAGUUCCACGCACACUGCCGAACGGCUUCAGAGCCCGCACUGCGUCUGUUCCCAACUCUGACGGCCCUCCGAGCCGCUAGAGGGCGUGCUAAGCUCUCAUAGUGCUCCGCCGAUGCUAGGGCCCCGCGGUGGGCGGAAGGGGCGUUCCGCGGUGUGCACCGAUGGAGCCGGGCUGCUCGCGCCGCCUGAGACGCAAUAGGGCCCCUCGGCGCUCCUGCGGCCAGAAAGAGUUCGCGCCCGACGGCUCUGCCGAGCAGGCCGAACGUCUGCGGUUGUGCCUGGAGGAGCAGCGGCAGCAGCUGGCUGAGGAGCGCGUGGGACGGCCGGAGAAUCUGGUGAAAGCCGUGUGGAAGCCAGAACACGGCAUUGUGGAGCUGGAGUCCCCUGCGGGGAAGUUCUGGCACACUAUGGGGUUCUCAGAGCAUGGCAAACAGUGUCUGCUGCCUGAGGAGGCUCUGUACUUGCUGGAGUGUGGCUCUCUUCAGCUCUUUAACAAAGAUGCGCCCAUGUCAGUUCAGGAAGCCUAUGAAAUUCUGCUGUCCCAGGGGGCAAUGAACCUGCUACAUUACCAGGUGUUCAGCCACUUGAAGCAGCUGGGCUAUAUUGUACUGAGAUUCAACCCCAGCACUGUCUUGUCUCCCUGCGAGAGGCAACUAAACCUGGAAAGUCAUUGCAAGAGGUGUGGGAAACGCCAACACAAAAGGAGGAGGAGUUCUAGCCCUGGAUCGUGUGAGAAGAAACAAAAGGUAUCUGAGGACCUUCCAAAAGCCGAAGGGACCUGUGAAAAAGGUGGACAUGACUGUGGAGAAUUCAGUUGUGUUCCCUUGGAUGAUAAACCAUUGUCAGAGCAGCUGAAGGAAUUGGAUGCUGGCAAUGGAGAGGAGCAAUCUGUCACAUCAAACUCAGUUCCUCUUGAUACAGGAAAAAAGAAUGUCCCAGGCCCCUCCUGGAGUUUGGGAACUGGAGACCAGAAGGUGAACAGCACUGGCACCCGUGCGCCACACUGGGAUUUUACUACGAUCUUCUUGCCAAAUGUGGCCCCAGAUCAGCCAUGCAUACAUCUGCCCUCACCUGACAACAAGCUUCUGCCAGAAAAUGUGCCAGGGAGGGAGGUUGAUGCAGCAUCUUGGUGCAGACGCAUCAACCAAAAACAGGAGAAGCUGUUAAAGAAGGAAAGGGAGCAGCAGGAAAAGGAAAGCAAGUACAAGAGCAGUAUCAAUUCUGACAGGGAGGUGAGAUGCUGCAUCAAUUGGCAGGAAUACAAAGCUCUUUUGAGACGGAGGAGCCAGCAGAGAGUUUGGAGACGACCACCGCAUCUGUGGGGCCAAGCUGUCACACCACUUCUGCAGCCAGAGGAAGCUACCUCUUUUGCUGCAGUCUGCCAGCAGAUCAGUGUGCUGCAGCCCUCCCACAUACUGGAUGGAGCCUCCCGGCUACAAGAGGACUUAGAGAGUAUCAAGAUAGACUUCAACGUGUAUCAAGCAGAUGCUGUGGCCAAAUUUAAGAAGACAAACCCUGGGAAGCCGUAUGUCAGGAUGUGUGUUCAAAGCUUUGAUGAGCAAGUCCCAUCCCUUCGGGCUUUGAAGCAGGUCACAUGUCAAAGUGGGGACGUCCCAGUGGUCUUUGCUCUGGUGGACCAUGGAGAAAUUGCCUUCUACUCUCUAAAGGAAUUCAAGCUGCCAGUUGAUGCUAAUUACUGAAGACACUAACUUAAAUGGUGUGGGGUGAAGGAAGGAUCUUCACUCAGGAUUUGCUUUCUUGAUUAAUGAAAUAUUACACAAAAUAGAGCCUGUAGUAACCAGAUGUUACUUUGGGUGGUAGCACUGUAUUUGCUGUUAGAGGUUUCACCCAAAUGGAGUUGGCUCAUGCAUGGCAGCAAAAUGCACUGAAAACAAUGGCUUAGCUGAGCAUUUCUGGAUCAGAGUACACACUGCUUUGUUCUUGAAGGUUUUGGUUCUCCAGCUUUCUCAUCUUCUGGACCACUAGUUUGCCUUUCCUGUGUCAUGGCUGAUCUGUGGACUAUUAGAAAGCACUCUGCUGCAAAGCCCUUGUUAUGUUUUAGGAACCACCAUGCUAGGCCAGCUGAGCAAUUGGAGUCACUGACAUCAGCCAAGGGCAGAAAAAGCUGAUCAGAUCGGUGGUGGUGUCCUGAGCCUCUGUCAUUCAGUUGCUCCAACAGAUCAGAAUCUUAUCCAGUAGUUGAAAAUGAAGCAGCCAUAAAGUUCAGCCACUCUGAUAAAAGUUUUCAGGCACUUGAGAGCUGGAAACUUAGUACCUUGCACACUGUCUCAUUACUCAGAGACUGCAGAAGGCCCCAGAACACUGCAGAUGGUGCCCAGCCUCCUCCUGUUGCAAUUGGACUGAGAUGUAUUUUGUCUGUACAGCAUUAUGCCAUAUUAGAGUUAUACCACCAGUAUUGGCAUGCUGGAUCUGUUAGUCUUAGCAUGGCUUCACUGCAGCCCCUGUUUUAACCUGAUGUCCUCUUUUCUGGCUGUGGAUCCUUGUCUGUGUUUAUCAAGUGAGAGAUCCAUGAGUAGAGAAAGAAGGUUAGAAAUACCUUCUGAGCCUUGCAGGCCUGUGGCUGUUGUGCUCCAAACCAAGGACAUUGUUGCUUUCAAGGCCUUAUGUGAGCGUUCCUCCAUCAUAUCCAGGUCCCAUAUUUGCUUUAGCCUCUAUGCAAAAGUACCAGUGUCAGGUGCCAGAAGGUCUGCUUAGCGGGUGCUGAGCCCAGCUGUGUUCAGUAUCUAGGUUCUUUACAAGUGUAAUAGCAGCUGUUUUAGGUGUAUCUUAUGUAAUAAUUUUUUAGUUCCUUUUGGAGGAGGGGAGAAGUUUAAGCAAUAAAGAACCUUUU